AUGCAUAGCACACACACUGUCUCUGCAGACACAUUUCGUUCCUCUUCCCAACGGCUGUGUAUAUUAGCCGCUGCUCUCUCCAUAUCGCCCAGUAAACUACGGCGGUAUAUUUUAGAAGUGCAGCGCCGUGGGGCUCGUGAGUCGUCCACUCCACUCAACGGCGGAGAUGUGAAGAUCAACACAACACUCCCAUCAGCGAAUAAUAAUAAUAAUAAUAAUAAAGCAGAGAAUACGGCUGUUGUUGAGAUCCAAACAGAAAGUAGGCGAAUAAAUUACGUGGGGCCCACACAGGAAUUCCCACCCUUAUUACAUGCGAUCUUAUGUGUAUUGAUAUUACCCUUCACUGGUGGGGAUAACCCGAUGGGGAAUUACAAUUCCUCUUCUUCUUCUCCCUUUUCUUCAGUAACACAUCGUGUAGCGGCGAUAAUGAAAGAUAAUGAUUCUAAACGAAUAUCGCGAGAUAAUAAUAGUAAUAAUAGUAAUAGUAAUAAUAACAAUAAUAAUAACAGUAGUGGUGGGAGUAAGAAAAUACCAGUUAGUGGAAGUGUGGGUUCAACGGCAAGAGAAGUGAGUUCAGAGCGAUUAGGGGGUUUAAAGAAUAUGCAGGACCACUUUGCCUCCUUAAGAGAGAAUGUCCACUCGCAAUCUAUAGAUGAUAGUCCUUUAACGGAGAUGAAGAAACCCUCAGAAAAAGAAAAAGAGGGAAGAAAAAUAAGAAACAGUACCAUUAAUAAUAAUAGUAGUAGUGGUAGUAAUAGUAGUUGUAGUACUAGCCGUAGUAAUAGUAGUUGUAGUUCUGCUAGUAGUACUAGUACUAGAAGUAGAAGUAGAAGUGGUGGAAAGAAUGGUGAGUUCACUGUGGGAAUAUCAUCAACGGUUGGAGUUUAUAAAAGAAAAACGAAAAGUGUCUCAACUGCAGAAGAGAAAAAAACAAAACGACAUCAUCCUUAUGAUAAAUCGAUCCAUCAUUACGGUAUAGGAUGGAGAACAGAGGAAGUCAGUCUCUCUCAAUUAUUAGCAGAACUAGCCCAACCUGCACUUACUGCCAGAGAUCAUUAUAUUGCGGCUGGUAAUCAUAACUCUACGGAUAUAGAUUCUAGAUCAGAAUUAAAUCAAAGUAUGCAAUUUCUUCCAAGAGAAUUACAUACCUCUGCGGGAGUUGCCCGACUCAUUGCAUUAUAUCCACCAUUUCUUCCAUUAUUAUUAGAGGCAUUACUAAAAGAGUGUUUACAUGGAGAUGCGAUGGGACUUGCGGCUAGACGUGUGUUGAUGCGAUUAACAGAACUCGCGGCACCUUCCUUUGUUUCACGGCAUGUGUGGGGUACACCUCCAACAACAACUUUUAAUAAUGAUUUAAAUAGUGAACAUGAAGAAAAGGAAGAGAGAGAUAAUAAUAAUAAUAAUAAUAAUAAUAAUAAUAAUAAUAAUAAUAAUAGUGAAGAGACAUUUUAUCAUGCGAUGUUAUUACGUGCCAUGACUCGACUCUCUUCAACGGCGGUUUCAUUACUUCAAAUGAUUGAAGAUCCUGUUUGGGCUCUCACUAUUUGUGGUUCUCUCAUCUCCAGUCAAUUAUUACAUCCCACUGCUCUCUUAGAUGUUCUUCAUCAACGUGCAUUGGAUUUAGCCAAAACACCAGCAUUGUGGAAACCCGCCGUGGCUCUCGCCUAUACACUUGUGACCCACUACAGUCUACGCACAUGUAUGUUGAUGGCAGAGGAGGAAAAAGAAAAAGAAAAAGAAAAAGAAGAGGAAAAAGAAGAUGGUGUAGAAAGGCAAAUGAUAGAUCUUCCAAUAGUUUCUGAUGAGAUGCAGACCACAACGGAAGUCCCACUCUCCUUAUCUGUACCGGGACACAGUGAAGGUGUAAACCCAGCAGAGUCCUCCAUCCCAUUAUCAGGAUUUACAAUAAUGAUUCCAUCCGAUAAUAAAUCUCAAUCACAGCAACAAGAAGAGAAUAGACAGAGUUUAGUAUCAUAUGAUGUUCUUAACAGUGCACGAAGUAAAUCUGCCAUCUCUCUUAUGGAAAUUCCAAGUGGAACAGCUGCUAGUAUGAAUCGAAUCUCUGUUGCUUCUAUGGGACGGGCAGCUUCUCUCUCUUCUUCUUUUAGAAUACCAUUAGACCAACAACGACAUUAUCUUCAUACUACUGAAACCGGUCAUCCUUCUAUGUUACAAUGGCGAUUUCCAGAGAAGGUGCCUGCUGUUGUUACCAUGUCUAGUAAUAUUGUAAUGACGUGUAUGAUUCUCUGUGCAGGAACUCUUGGACAACACACGGUAGUCACUCUCUGUCAAUGGUGUUUACGUUCUCUUGCUAUUUUACCAUCAACACCGUGUGCGGUGGGACUCACUCAUCUUAUGAUGAAAUAUCCACAAUAUCUAGAGAAGGUCUCUGUACGUCCAUUCUCUCUUCCACACAGUUCUCACUCUUCUUAUCCCUCCACUAUUGGGAGUUCUUCUUCGACUAGUAGUGGUCAUGUUACUAUUCCAUUUUGUAGUGCUGUCUUUUCAGAAGCUUGUCGUUUGGCGCAGGCAGUAGUGCGGCGACAAUCAAAAAUUCGUAAUGAUGGUCGUUUAACACUUGUCUGGCAAAAAGAUGGAAAAUCCAUUAAUAAUAAUAAUAAUAAUAUAGAUGAAGAAGGAGUAAGUAGUAUACGUGAGGAUCCUUCCCUACGUGAGUUACAUGAAUUACAGUGUUAUCUUGUCAUGAUGCUACAGGCACUCGUCAUGCGUAGAGGAAUUCAACUCUCAGUAGAAGCACAGGAUGAAUUAUUUUCACUCUUUCUCUCUCUUGCUCGCCUACGUGUAAUGAUUGGAACAGCUAUUCAAAAAGAAACUUCAUGGGGAAUAAUGAAUAAUGAUGCCGAAAUGGAGGAAUGUGAACGAACCUUACCUCAGUUAAUUCUUACAUUAGUAGAUGAUUCUUUUCGAGCUGUGGUUCGAGCUAUAGAUAUAGUUUUACAUGACUAUGAUGCUGGUUGUCCACGUCAACUUUGUGAGGCUCUUGUUCUUCUCUUACCGCCUAAAAACACUUUAUUUGUAGAGUUAGAUAGUGUUGGGGCCUGGGAGAAACAUCUGGAUUGUCUGGAAACCCUUCAAGCGGCAGCGGAAGCCUAUAAAGAAGCCCUUCGCUCCGUCUCCGCAAGAGGUUCUUCACGAGUUCAAACACAAAAAGAAAAGGAAAAAGAAAAAGAAAAAGAAGGAAAAGUAGGAGGAGGAGGAGGAGGAGGAGAGUCAUCUGUAGAUACACUUUCCUCUAGUACUAUUUAUCAAGGAAAACCCAUUGCACGUGCCGCAUCCCUUUUAUCUUUACAAGAAGAACUCGUCGCAGAAGCCAAGCGAGUUACUGUAGAAGCCGCCUCUACACGUAGUGGGGCCGAAGUGAUAUUUGGUUCACUUCUUGGUGUACUUCCCUGUUCAGGAGAACCCCUGCGUCUCUCGGCUGCGAAUGGUGGUCUCACUAUUUCUCAAAAACAAUGGUGGCUUCAACAUAUGAUGAUAUAUCUUGUAGAGGAAUGGUGGCGAAGUCGGGUGGCUGUGCAGGUGCAGUUUCACGCUUUUGAAGAUGGGGAUGCGAAUGAGAGUAGUGUUUUAGUUUCUAAUAGGGAGAAACGGGGAUUUUUACAGUGUUGUGCUAACCCUAUUUGA